AUGUCAACACUUUAUUAUACAUUGAGUAAUACAGUUUUUCGAAGUUUUCUAUUUUAUGCAGUAGCAUCAGUUCUUAAAAUGAUGUUAAUGUCAUUAUUAACUAGUCGACAACGAUUUCGAAAGAAAGCUUUUGCUAAUCCGGAAGAUAUUAAGCCAGGAAAAGAAAAAAAAAUUCAACCAACUACAUCUGAUCCAGAUGUUGAACGUGUUCGUCGUAAUCAUUUAAAUGAUAUUGAAGGGUGAGUGGGUGUGGGUGUGUCUCCCUCUCUACCACCUUCAACCACACUCAC